AUGAGUUCUGAUACUUACGACGCCAUUAUUGUUGGCGCUGGGAUAUCUGGUUUGACUGCAGCCCACAGGUUGAAGAAAAAAGACCCGAACAUUCGCGUGCUGGUCAUAGAAGCUAAAGAUCGAGUUGGAGGCCGAACGUACAGUGUUCCCCUGAAGACUGUCUCUGGGACCGAUGGGACCGAAGGAACGGAUGUCUGGGACCUCGGGUCACAGUGGGUGGGCAGAUGCCAGACCCACGUCAUGUCGUUGCUUUCGGAGCUGGAGUUGGAGACGUACCACCAGUACAGUGAAGGCAGCAAGUUCGUCCAGCUGGAGGACCACAGCAUCCGGACCUACACCUCCACCCUGCCCACCCUGUCAUUCCUGGAACUGAUGGACCUUCGCAGAUUUAUCAACAAGAAACAUUCAACGGCAUUGUGGUGUUUAAUCUCGCGCUGGACAGCAGGAUCCGCUGAUGCCAUAGACGCAGUUGUGCGGUACAUCCUGGGAGUCGAGGCGUCCCAGGUGUCGCUUCUGUUCUUCCUCAUGUACGUCAAUUCCGCCGACGGCCUUGACCACAUCGUGCAGAAAACAGAGGAUUCGGGACAAGACCUGAAGAUUAAGGGAGGAGCUCAGCAAAUAUGCGAGAAGCUGGCCGCGGCUAUAGGAGACAACAGUGUCCUGUUGAAACAGCCAGUGUCAAACAUCAAGCAGGAGUCGGAGGGCGUCAUCAUCACCACGUCAAACGGCACAACGUUCAAGUGUAAACGGGCUAUCGUCACCAUUCCGCCUAGCUUACUCAACAAGGUCCAUUUCGAGCCUAUUCUGCCAAUAUGCAAGCGGGACUACAUAAGCCGGGCUCCACUCAGCAACAGGAUCACAGCCAUUGUCACCUUCAGAGAGUCGUUCUGGCGAGACCGGGGAUGGUCGGGUGAGAUUCUGUCCAGUGGGGGACAAAGUACAGUAAGCAGAUGCGACUCAGGUCCUCUCUGCUUCGCCUGUGACGCCACUUCCGCUGACGACAACCCUGCCAUCAUCGCCUUCAUCGGCGGUCAUCAAGCUGUCCAGUGGGGUCAGCUGCAGAGGGAGGAGAGGAAACGCGGGGUACUUGAAUCCCUCUCCCGAUUCUUCGGCCCCGACGUCUUUGGCUACGUGGACUACGCGGAAAGGGACUGGAGCCAGGAGCCGUACACCGAUGGGGGACCUCUGUGUGUCGCCAACCCUGGAGCCAUGAUGUACUACAACAAGGCGCUACGCCAACCUUUCGGCAAGAUUCAUUUCGCAGGGACUGAAACAGCGACGGUCUGGAUUGGCACCAUGAACGGCGCUGUUCAGGCGGGCUUGAGAGCAGCGACGGAAGUGCUCCGAAUCAUCAAACCGGAAGUUGUGACGCCAGACGACCUUGCCAUUCUAACCACCAACCGAACACGCCAGAAGAAAUCUGUGCGGCGGAAAGCCAAAGCGCCUAGUUGGGUGACACUGACAAUUGGACUCGGUUCACUUAUCACCAUCUUGAUUGCCAUGGGCACUCGGGACAAACUGCAACACCUUCUCCAAGGCGUUUCUGCUCAAAACUAGGAUUUUGUACAAAUACCUGAUUCAGUUCGAAAUACUAUGUCGACAAUGUAAUUGAAACAGGUACUUUUCCACGCAGAUCGUCAACUUAAGGGCCUUUUCCUUACAGACAUUUUAUCUCCAUUUUAUUAUAAAAAUACCAUGGACCUAUUCAUUGUUAUAGCUCAGAGAUUAGUGAGGCGUUAAACAAACCAAAAACAAAAAACCAAACACAUGUACAUAAUAUAGUCGGAAUUGUAAAAUCGCCUCUUCUUUUAGUGAAGCGGUGGGGUAGCCUCAUAGUUAAAGCGCUCGCUCGUCACGCCGAAGGCCCGGGUUCGAUUACCCACGUGGGUACUGUAAGUGAAGCCCAUUUUGGUGUCUCCCGCCGUGAUAUUGCUGGAAUAUUGCUACAAGCGGCGUAAAACCAUACUCGCAUUCGCACUUAUUUUAGCAGAAGCCUAGAAACAGCAGCCCACACUCGUGAAACAAGAGACACUAUGUGCCAGGAAUGAUUAAAUUAGUUGCUAUAAAGAAUACCAAUGGAGAUAUACCCUACAUAAACGAGGAUGGUAUCUGACACGUGAAACUAAUGGCCUGUUUCCAGGGAAUAAAUCAGUUUCCAUAGUAUCAGUAUAAACCGCUGUGGACAAAGUCAAUUGCAGAAACAUGUUCGUUCCAAGUUCAGUAUGAAACAUACAACUUUAUGGAUGACAACUUCUUGUUUAUUGCAUUAAGCGACGUUUCGAUCUAGAUUCUUACAUCGUUAUCAAGCUAAAAGUGACUACAACCAAAUGAUGAGAGGUAUAUAUACAUAGUAUGUUUUGACAAACAGCAGAUUAAUAUUAACAACAUGUAACUGAAUAACAGCUGGUACAUAAUUGGGAGAGGUCAGCGGGAAACCAAGAACAACAAAUGUGACUCCCGUUUGGCUCACCAAUUUCUAGAAUGCCGAUCAAACAAUUAUUUAAUAUGUAAGCAGUGUCAUUAUAUGUUCUGUAACACACUGAUUAUAUUUGCAGGUAUAUUUUGGCAAAAUGUGAAACAGUGUCGAUUCUUUUGUUUAUCGUUCUCUGUAAAAGACCAGAAAUCAAUUCACAAAACAGGACUUUUUUCGUUUUCGUACCCAUAACUCUUUCCUAAGUAAGUAUCUUACUCAAAGUCUUUUCUUGAAUUACUGCGUGGAAUGAAUUUGUGUUGUAUCAUUUUCAAACCAUUUUUGUUUGUGUGAUUUGUCACUCAGGGAGACAUUUGUUUAGGUGAGAUUUAUCUCUCUGUUUAAGUCUUUUUGUCUUGAUAUUUUGUCGAAUGCUCCGAAUAAAUCAAAUAUGCAGCUUUU